CAACAAAGAGCACUCUGUCGCUCCCCAGAGAGAAAGAAUCAACACGGGUCUGACUGGCCAGGAUGGGACAGAACCUGGAGAAACAAGAAGAAGGCCAGGCUCCUGGAGAAGGGUCAGAGGAGAGAGGCCCUCUGGAAAAUGAUGCUGUGGAGGGAAGAAGCUCUGAGGAGGAGGCUGGAGGCGAAGAGGAUAAUCAAGGAGAAGGAGGAACUCAAGGUCUGGACCGAUGCCACCGUCAGGAGCCAAGAACACCUACUGGAGAGAAGCAGAAAAAGUUAAGGGAGGUGAGACAGGGAGGCGUGGCUGAAAAGGAGGGUCCACGAGGCGAAGGGGGCAGUGCCAGAUUAAAAGCUCAGCAGGAGUCAGGAAGGAACCAUAAGAGAGGUGUGAGGACUGAAGGAAAAGUCCAGACAUCCUUGAAGCCAGCAAGGUUUGAGGAGCACCAGGCAUUGAGGAUCAAGAUGGAGUAUCGAGGGGCAGAUCCACCCCUGUAUGAGGAGGAUGAAGAGGAGGAAAUUCCUCAAGAGAAGUAUGACCACACUGAUGGCGACAUGGAUGGAAAUGCUUCCGUGGGUGUGAAGAUGAGGAAGCUUGGAGCUACUACAAAGACACAAGGAAGUAAGUUCUCUGAUGGUGGUGCCACGUUAGAUGAGGAUGUGAAUCGAGAUACUGAGCCCUGUGCGGGAACAGAGGACCGCUUGAGCAAGAGGAAGGAACCACCCACAGCCAAAUCCCAGCAUCCUUUGAUAAACAGCCCGCAGAAAGAGGCCGUCUCGGACAUGAGGGACACCAUUCACCAUCGAGCUAACAAAAAAGAAAAAAGAUCUGAGCCUAAAUUGGCUUCGAAUGACUCCAGCAGCACUGGAAAACAAGCAGAGAGGACAGAUGAAGCUGAGUUCACUGCCUCAGAGCCAGCUUCACCUGUUGACACUGGCUCUAUUCUGGAGAGGCUCCUGAAAAGAAACAAGAAGGAAGCAUCUCCUGGUCCUUCAAAAACAAGAGCCGCUGAAGCUGUCAGUGAGGAUGAUGAAGAAGACAGUGUGGAGAGGAGUCCAAGACGUUCACCUACUCACUCAGCCAAGUUGACUGAUGAAGCUCCAUGUGAUAAAGGCAACCAGCAUGAAGAUACCAGAGGUCUUCCUGGCAGGAAAAAUAAUUCACAGUUGUGCAGAUCUGAGCAAUCACCAGUACGUUCUUCUACUUCUGAUGGAGACGUUUCAGAACCAGAGAAUCCGGUUUCUUCAAGCACAAAGUCAGCUCUUCCACUGACACCAGAUCAACAUGAUAAAAAGCCCAACGGGGAACCAGAGGAAGCGAAAACCCCAGCUUCUCCCAAAGCCAGGCCCGUCUCCGGUCUCAUCAAAGAAUCAGUUCAACUGCAUGAGAUGCUUCAGCACCAGGAUCGCUCAAAGCCUGUAGAAACCAAAACUGAUGAUGUGGCUCAGUCGGUGAAGGUGGCUCAGAUGAAAGCAGCUUUCGAUGUCCCCAAAUCACCCGAGAGAAGCAUUGAAAGGAAGCCGUCUGUAAGGAAAGAUAUGAAACGAGGUUUUGUACGGUCGAGCAAAUUCCGUCACGUCUUCGGCCAGGCGGUGAAACAAGACCAGUUGUACGAUGAUAUCCGGGUGUCAAGGGUCACGUGGGACAGCGCCUUCUGUGCAGUUAACCCCAAGUUCGUCGCCAUAAUUGUUGAAGCCAGUGGUGGCGGAGCAUUCCUCGUUCUCCCUCUUCAAAAGACUGGACGCAUUGACAAGUCCUACCCUACAGUGUGUGGACACACAGGCCCGGUGUUGGACAUCGACUGGUGUCCUCAUAAUGAUCAUGUCAUUGCCAGCGGCUCUGAGGACUGCACAGUGAUGGUGUGGCAGAUUCCUGAAAAUGGCCUUGUCACUCCCAUGUCUGAGCCAGUCGUGGUACUGGAGGGACACUCGAAGAGAGUUGGCAUCAUCACGUGGCACCCCACAGCACGCAAUGUUCUUCUCAGUGCCGCUUGUGACAACCAGAUCAUCAUCUGGAAUGUGGGAACAGGGGAGGCCAUGAUCAAUCUGGAAGAUAUGCACCCAGACAUGAUCUACAACGUGAGCUGGAAUCGCGAUGGAAGCCUCAUCUGCACAGCCUGCAAGGACAAAGCCGUCCGUAUCAUCAAUCCCAGGAAGGAGUGCAUUGUUGCGGAGAAGGAGAAGGCCCACGAGGGUGCUCGACCGAUGAGGGCCAUUUUCCUGUCAAACGGAAACGUCCUCACCACUGGCUUCAGCCGUAUGAGCGAGAGACAACUGGCUCUCUGGAAUGUGCAAUCGAUGGAGGAGCCGAUGACCAUCAACGAGAUGGACACUAGCAAUGGAGUUCUCUUGCCCUUCUACGACCCUGACACCAACGUCGUCUACCUGUGCGGGAAGGGAGACAGCAGCAUCCGCUACUUUGAAGUCACAGACGAGGCGCCAUACGUGCACUUCUUGAACACUUUUGGCAGCAAAGAGCCUCAGAGGGGGAUGGGCUACAUGCCCAAAAGGGGUCUUGAUGUCAACAAGUGUGAGAUCGCUAGGUUCUACAAACUGCACGAGAGGAAGUGUGAGCCGAUCAUCAUGACCGUGCCCCGAAAAUCCGACCUCUUCCAGGAUGAUCUGUACCCCGACACUGCUGGACCCGACGCAGCCCUGGAGGCUGAGGAAUGGUUUGAGGGCAAGAAUGGAAACCCCAUUCUCAUCUCCCUGAAGAAUGGCUAUGUGCCGGGCAAGAACCGUGAAAUCAAGGUGGUGAAGAAGAACAUUCUGGACAGCAAGGUGACCAAGAACUCGGAGAACUCCUCACCUGCCACCAAGUCUGCCUCUCCAACUCCGUCGAUUAAAUCGGAAGCAAAGCUGGAAGAGAUCUUGAAAGAAAUCAAAUCCCUCAAGGACCUGGUCAGCAGUCAGGAGAAGAGAAUCAUCCAACUUGAAGAGCAAAUGUCCAAAAUCGCCAUUUAAAGGACCCUUCUUUUCCGACCCCGCAACAAUUCAGGACGUUCCAUUGGCUGGGAGGUGGGCGGGGGCCGUCGCUGCCCGUCUCACCGACAGGGUUUUGUCUCAGGCCCGCCUCACUGCAACAUUCCAGAUGAACCUUUUCGUAUCCAAAACCCCGAAACCCUCAGUGUAACACAGGUGGAAUAAGAGACGGCAGCAAAUUAGCAGCGAAUGCUUCUCGGUGACCAAGGACGCGUUUCUGUUCCUGCUGUGGCGCCUCGUUUUAUUUUGCUGACUUUUGUAUUCUGUCCUUUUUCCAAAAUUCCAACGUCAGCUGCGUAGUUGGCGACGCAGUGGUGCGAACGGUGCUCCACCUUUGUCAUUCCAAAAGAAAUCUUUACACUUACAAAGUGUUUCUCAUGCAGUACGGGCAGGUUAUAAUUCCAUUUGUUGUCAAUUGGAAAACGCAGAGCUCAACUUUUUUAUGGAUCCAUUUUAGAGAACACAGUUCACUCUCUUGCACAAGCCCCUUCCUGCUUUGGCACAAGUUUCCACUGACUUACAUUCCUUAGUUUUUUUUUUUUUUUUUAAGAAACUGAAUCAUUCCUCAUUUCCUAUAUUCUGAUCUGGAUUUCGCUUGCUGCUAUGGACGCUGUUCAGAGGCGAGGCCCUGCUGGAGCGCCUGGUGUCUUCUGGGGUUCCACCUCUUGGACUCUCCCCUCGGCUGGGACGAGCCUCGCCGUUUGCUUCUCUGUUAAUUUCAGCCUCUUUCUUGUUCCAGCUGUGCACGCCUCCCUCUCAGCACCUCCACUUUGCAUUUCCAAACUGCCCCGAAAACAACAGCAGCCGUGGAUUGAAUUGGAACAGUCGUGACAAAAAUUCUUUCAAUCUUCAGUUCCUCUGAGGGAAGCUGAGACGGGUAAUGGUUCAGUCUGUUGUUUUGCCUUUUGUUACCACUGUAAAGACCUGAAAGUGCCAUAGAGGUGACCGUGGAAGUGUUUGUGUGUGUAUGUGUGUGCGUAGUAAACUGUGUAUAGAAAACGACAGAUCAGAAAGGCGCUCCGAUUUGAAAACCACCGUACGGUGCUCUCAUUUCCCCCCGGUUAGAUCCAACCGAAAGCUUUAACGCCCGUUGCGCUCGCCGUGUUUUAAGGCUUUCUCCGUCUUGUUUUCUAACAGUUUGCUAAUCUAGUGCUGACGCUGAACUGAAAACCACCUCCUGCUUCAGCCUCUCGGCUCCAGCAGCACCAGGAAUAGUGAUCCAAAGGGACUCGUAGGUCGAUGUGCUCGGAGGGGUAGAUGUAUGUCUGUAGAUAAGUCUAGAAUCGUGAUUGAGAGCGGUGUAAAUAACAUGACCAAAUGUUCUGUCAAUUUCUUUUUUUUUUUCUUCAUUUUGUGGUUGCGCUGAAGAGGGUCUUUGUUGUUGGGCGGUGGGUUUUAAAUGUUUCCCCCUUGUCUGUGUUCCUUGCGCCUCGCCAUAACACAUCAUGGAGCCAUGAAUGCGGUCACAUGACUGAGAAUCAAAGCAGGUCUGCGGCUCAAGUGGAGGUCUGCUCAACAUUUUUGUUCAUUAUUCUUGCUUCAAGUAUCAAACGUUGAUUAUCAAAUGAAUAAAGAAUUUUUAAAAGAGGUA